AUGACAACGACGACGACGUUGACAGAGCACAAUGGUGCAAAUUGCGACGAAACUGUUUUUACACCAGAUGGCCCAGUUGUUGGCCGAAAAACUAUCGCUGCAAACGGACAGCAGGUCUACACGUUUCAAGGAAUUCCGUAUGCACAGGCACCAACAGGGAACUAUCGUUUUCAGUAUCCGAUAAAAGUGAAAUCAUGGGCAGAUUUAGCAAAGAAUGCAUCUUCUUAUUAUCAGGACGCUUGUCUUCAAAAAGACACGUUAAGCGCUAUUGGUACCGAAGACUGCCUUCGUAUUAGCAUUUUUACUAUUGAUAGAGAUGAUGAGAAGCUGUUACCAGUAUUUGUUUGGAUUCACACUCAUCACUCAAAAGGAGGUAUAUCAGAAGUGUCACCGGAGUCCGGCUACAAGAACAACAUUGCAGCAAGAGGAAUUGUUGCUGUAACCUUUAAUUUCAGAGUUGGUGUUAUGGCUUUAAACGAAACUAUUAAUCUCGGUUUUAAAGACCAACAGAUGGCGCUACAGUGGAUUAAAGAAAAUAUUGAGUAUUUUGGUGGUGAUCCAGCUCGGGUGACACUGGCAGGUAGUGGCAGUGGCGCAGAGUUCGUGCUGGUACAUAUGAAAGACAAAGCGUCAAGCGGUUUGUUUUCAGCUGCAAUCCUUCAGAGCGGUCAGUAUGCUAGAGAAAGAUUUAUGAGUUGUUUAGCGAUAGAACAACUGAAAAAACGAAUAGGGUGCCACGAAAAAGACUUGCAGUGUUUGAACAGAAAAUCGUCAAAUGACUUACUUGAUGCGAGCGAGGAUUUAAAUUUUGUCCCGUGCAUAAAUCAUUUCAAGGUAAACGACCCCAUCGUUAACAAAGUUCCAGUACUUAUUGGUGUCAAUAAAGAUGAAUCAGCAAGCGAUGAAAUAUUCAGAAUUCUUUAUAAAAAAAGUGAAAUUGCAAACUUCAACGAGACUGACUUCAUCAAGAAGUUGAAUCAUACCGCCGAAGCACUAGCCAUGGAAAAUGACUGGGCGUAUACUCAUACAAGAAGGCUACUGCUUAGAAAUUAUUUUGAGAAUCCUCCAAAAUUGCCAGAAACUUGGUUUAGCAGAUUCGUUAAAAUGACCACUGAAUCCGAAUAUGAAGGUCCAAUGCUGCAGGUGAUCAAACGCUUAGAAGGAGUUAACGUUUACGCCUACCUUUUCUCACACUACAGUGAUGCAGAAAUGAUAGGUUUGCCAUGGAAAGGAGUACUUCACGGCUCUGAACUACAGUACUUGUUUUCACAACCUGGCAUAUCCAUACGCAAAGAUCUAAGCUUUUCGCCAACUACUAGUGAUUUGAAUAUGGUCAACACGAUGGGAGCACUGUGGGCAAACUUUAUUAAAUAUCGCGACCCCACUCCAGAAAGGAAGAAAUUUAGAUGGAUUAAAGUGGCUUCACCACGUACUUUUGAAAACGGAUCACUCAAUCACGUUAUUCUUAAACCAUCGCCUGUACAGCUAUCACAUUUGACUUCAGACACCGUCACGGUUUGGGUCGGUGAACUACGAGACUACAUGGAUGCGCAAAAGAAGAUUUGA